GCAACAACUGCUUUUUCAUUUGAUUCAUUCUCAUCGAUCAACAACCACCAUGUCUCAACUUGCGUCCACUCUGAGAGAGGCCGGUGAUAAGAACAAUGAGCUACUUGCUGAGCUACGGCAGACUGAUUAUGCUCCUUCCUCACUGAAGCAGAACGCCUCAUUUAUCGCGGAUCUGAAUGCACAGAUUGCGAGCACUGACAAGGAAUUGACGAAGCUUCAUCGCAUCACUGAGGAUGAGCGAAAGGACCAUGUCAAGUACCGCGACAGCAACUUCAAGCGUUACAUGCACAAGAUGGGUGGUUCGAAAGGUACAGAGAAAUUCACCUCUAAGGCUGAAAAAGAAGAGCGAGAAUUUCUAGAUGCAUGGCAGAAAGAACGCUCAGCCAAAGAAAGUCGUGACGAGCUUUCUCGUGCGCUGGAGCACGCUCAGAACGACAAAGUCAAUCUUGAACGCGAUACCAAGCGCCACGAGACUGCACAGACCGAACUCGACAAGCUUUACAAUUCUAUCUUCUCGGGCCCCACUCCAGACGUGCCAGGCGAGGACGAUCUCGAACGAGCUGUGCAGCAGAGCCAAGACAACUAUGACCAAGCAAAUCGCGCCUUGAGCUCUGAGAAACAUGUUCUUGAAGUCCUCGGCCGCGCAGAUCAGAGCCUUACGGCAGCGCAGGCACAGAUGGACGCCGCGUAUCGCCGGUCUCAACGCGACGUAUACUUCGGAGGAGGAAUGUUCACAGAUAUGAUGGAACGCGAUGCUCUCUCGCAGUCCCAGAACGCAAUCCACGCUACUCUGCGCCAUAUGGAGGAGGCCCAACGCGUUCAGCCUCAAGUCCGCCCGCUCAAGGAGAUCAACAUCGAUCACGGACACAUGUUCUCGGAUGUCCUGUUCGAUAAUAUCUUCUCUGACAUGGCUCAACACGAGCGCAUCAAAGAUAGUGAUGCUCAACUGAAAGCCGCCUAUCAGGAUUUGAAGGGUCAAAUUGAAGAGCAGAAGGGAAGAUGCCAGAGUGCAGAGCAGAAUCUGCAACAGGCGGGCAACGAUUUGGAACAGGCGCGGAAAGAGCUGCAGAGGGUGCGAGCGGAAGCAUUUGAGAGGCUCGCUGGCGCCGGAGGACAGGGCGUUCCGAGUGCACCUCCACCACAGUAUAAUGCCUAGUGUUGUAAAGGCCUACAAAGGACAGUACGACCAUGUUUUGGGCGAUCUAGGGUAUGUCAUUCCUGAGAAUGAAUACUAUAUAUUCUAGCAACUCUUGUCUGUUACCACCAA